UAUCAAAUAGAAAUAUUUUAUCGUCACAAUAUGGAUUACAUGUCAAUGGGCAUUCCGGUUCCUCCCGAGCCUAUAGCUCAGCCUAAGAGGCGUAUGACCCGUUGGGGAAAGAUAGACGAUGGCAAGAACAUGAUUAUUCACAAUACUACGAAUUCGUUUCUCCAUGAGUUGAAGAUGUUAUCGGACAAAGCCGCUAACGCAUCUGGAGAUGAUGCCAAAGGCUUUUGGGGACCCGAGGAUGACAGGCCAUAUCUUCCACCUCCUUAUGUAGACCUUCCACCUGGGUUGACACCGUCACAAAUGGAUCAGUUCCUAAGGGAACAGCGCCAUGACGACCUGGUGAAAAAAAUCGCAUCUGGAGAGUUGGAGUUUGGUGAUGCUGACAUUAGGCCACCUUCUCCACCACCGGUAUACGAUCGUAACGGCAGUCGUGUGAAUACUCGUGACGUACGUGCUAAGAAUGCGAUGAACGAGGAGUACAACAGGCUGGUGGAGUACUUGCUGAAACAAUUGCCUGGAUUCGUGGCUUCAGCGGACUACAAGCCACUAAAAAAAAUAAGGAAGAUUAUUAUACCGUUGGAUAAAUAUCCUGAAUACAAUUUCAUGGGUUUAGUUAUUGGUCCUAGGGGAUGUAACCACAAACGGCUAGAGGCUGAGAGCGGCGCUCAAAUAUCGCUUCGUGGCCGCGGUACUCUAAAGGAAGGCAAGCAGCGUGAUCACCAGACAGAUGAGGACGCUGCCAUGCCAAUGCACGUCCACAUAUCUGCUGAUAAGGAGGAAUGCGUGGAGAAGGCUGUACAGCUAAUUCAGCCGUUAUUGGACCCAUUCCACCCUAAACACGAGGAGUUCAAACGGAAAGGACUGGAGCAAUUGGCGUUGGUUAACGGUGUUGCUCUGGGUAUAUCAGACGCCAGUCGUUGCAGUGUCUGCGGUGCUGUGGGCCACCGUGCCUUUGAGUGUCCAGAUGCCCCUGGACUACGCACUGUAAGACAUGCUGACGUACGGUGUGCUAUUUGUGGCUUCAUGGGCCACUUGACUUCUGACUGUAAGUUAGCGGGUAGUACGGGCACUACCGCUGCUACCCAGGAAGCCGUUAAAAUAGAUCAGGAAUACAACCGCAUGAUGACCGAGUUGACUGGGGAAGCGCCUGAAACACUAAAUCCAGAGCAGGCUGAGCAGUUACAGCAGUACCAGAUGGCAUUUUACCAACAGCAGUACCAACAGUACCAGGAGCAGCUUUAUCAGCAGCCGCAGUAUUACCAACAGCAGUACUACCAGCAAUACUAUGCGCAGCAGCCACAGGUGGACGUUGUCCAGGGUGGAGUACAGGCGGGCCAUUAUGACUACAACCAGUAUAACGGCUACAGCGUAGCUCCGGUACCUAAUGACACCAUCGCAUAUACCAGUGCUGCUCCGGCUGUUGAACCUGAAUUAUGUGCGCCACCGGAGCCAGCUCCGCCACUCCCCGAGGAUGAAGGCGCACCACCUCCUAUGUAGUAUGACUUUAUUGGACAUAGCCGCGAGUAA